AUGCCAUUCCUCACUAUCAGCGGCAAGAAGAUCCACUACGCAGACCUGAAGCCUGAAGGCAAGGAUGUGCUCGAGACCUUCAUCUUCAUGCAUGGCCUUGGGUCAUCGCAGAACUAUUACCAUGCAGUUGUUGAAAGACUGCGAGCGAACGGUUUCCGAUGCAUAAUUUUCGACAAUACUGGUGCUGGCAGGUCACCAUACACCGGUGAACAGUCGAGCAUCCAAAGUCUUGGGGACGACGUGAUUGGCAUUCUGGAUGCGCUUAACGUGUCAAAAGCAAUCGUUGUAGGCCACAGCAUGGGAGGCAUCGUGGCGGCUCAUCUUGCAGCCGAGCGCAGCGAUCGGGUCGUUGCUGCAAUUCUGAUUGGUCCUGUAUACCCCAACGAGGGUGUUGUACCGGUAUUCGAGAAACGUAUCGAGGCCGUCCAAAAGGAUGGCAUGCAGCCCAUGGCAGACACCGUCCCUCAAAGUGCGGUAGGAUCCAAGGCCUCUCCUCUGGCAUCAGCGUUCAUUCGAGAGCUCCUCCUUGGUCAAGACCCCGCCGGCUACUGCUCCAACUGCCGCGUUAUUAUCAAUGCCAAACCGCCUAGCUACAGCAAGGUCAACAUCCCAGUCUUGAUCCUGGCUGGCGAGGAGGAUAAGAGUGCACCACUCGAAGGUUGCAAGAAGAUGUUCGAGGAGAUGGGUACAAGCGAAAAGAGGCUAGAGGUCAUAAAGGGCAUCGGUCACUGGCACUGCCUCGAAGCAUUCGAGGAUGUAGCUAAGCUGAUCGAGGGGUUCUAUCACGAGAUUCAGUGA